CAUGAUGUAAAGGUUGUUAAGUUUUUUAAAAGUCAAAUAAAUAGGUUUGUAUUUAGUAAAAUUGAGAUGCUAUUAUUAAGGGAAGUAUGAGAUCUAGUUUAAAUGUAAUGAAAUUUAAAUAAUAAUGAAUAAAAAUUAGUAAAUUAAGUGUGAAUAAGAGAUUCGUAUAAUAUAUGGUUUGAUGAAAAAUGAAAAAGAACUAAGUAUAAUGAUUAAAAGAAUUUGGGUAUUUGAAGUGAGAAGGAAGAUUAUAGAGAAAUGUUAGAAGUGGAAAUAGUUUGAGUUGAUUUGUGAAUGAAUAUAUGAAUAAUUUGGUUGAUGGUUAAUAGAUGAAAGGUUGAAAAAAAUAACGAAAUUUUUCAACAAUUUCAAUAAUGUUCAUUAAUAAUUAUAAUAAUGAGAGUAUCUGUAUGUUUGGUAUAGUGUUGCAAAUAUCAAAUUGAGUUGAUAGAGAGUUUUGAGAUAAAGAUUUGAGAAAGAAGGGUGUAUUAAGAAUGACUGAACACUUAUGAUAAGAAUAUAU